AUGAGAGAUCCGAACACCCUCUCUAAUUAUGAUGCCUGGCGCACCCGGCACACCACUACCAACCUCAAGGUGGAUUUCACUUCCAAAUCCCUUCGCGGCAAGGUCAUACUCGAGCUUGAGUCUCAGACGGACGAGAGCAGCAAGGAGAUCAUCCUUGACUCUAGCUACCUAGAUGUUUCAGCCAUUAAGCUGUCUGGGGAGUCCACCAAAUGGGAGAUCAAAGACCGCCAAGGAGCCAACGGAUCCCCGGUUCACAUUGCCGUCCCUAACGGUGCCCCCAAGGGAGAUGUCGUCAAGGUCGAAAUCGAUGUUGCUACCACGGACAAGUGCACAGCUCUGCAGUGGUUGACUCCCGCCCAGACGAGCAAUAAGAAAGCUCCGUUCAUGUUCAGUCAAUGCCAGGCCAUUCAUGCCAGGAGUUUGUUCCCUUGCCAGGAUACUCCUGACGUAAAGAGCACCUAUACCUUCAACAUCACCAGUCCACAUGUCGUUGUUGCGAGCGGUGUCCCGGUGAAGGGCGGUGAGACUGAGGGAGAGGGCGACGAGAAGGUUUACAAGUUUGAGCAAAAGGUUCCUAUUCCAUCGUAUCUCUAUGCGUUGGCCUCAGGAGAUAUCGAGAGCGCGCCGAUUGGAAGGAUAUCCUCUGUUGCUACUGGGCCUAAUGAGCUGAAGGCUUCGCAGUGGGAGUUGGAGGGUGAUAUGGACAAGUUCCUGGAUGCUGCAGAGAAGAUUGUCUUCCCGUAUAAGUGGGGAGAGUAUAAUGUUUUGGUGUUGCCGCCAAGCUUCCCUUACGGAGGCAUGGAGAACCCUAUCUUUACUUUUGCUACACCGACGAUUAUCAGCGGCGACAAGCAGAAUAUCGAUGUCAUUGCUCAUGAGCUGGCUCACUCAUGGAGCGGAAAUCUGGUGACGAGCUGCAGUUGGGAGCACUUCUGGCUGAAUGAGGGCUGGACCAUGUAUCUUGAGCGUCGUAUUCAGGCUUCGAUUCACGGUAGUGAGGCUCACAUCGAUUUCUCCGCCAUUCGCGGAUGGAAAGCCCUUGAGGAGUCCAUCGAAGAGUUUGGCAAGGAUCACGAGUUCACCAAGCUCUGCAUCAGCCAUAAGGGUAUUGAUCCAGAUGAUGCUUUCAGCACGGUGCCUUAUGAGAAGGGCUUCCACUUCAUCUACUACCUCGACAAACUUGUCGGGCGUGAGAACUUUGACAAGUUCAUCCCUCACUACUUUAGCAAGUGGGCGAACAAGUCUCUUGACUCGUUCGAGUUCAAAGAUACCUUCCUCGGGUUCUUCAGCGCCCCGGAAUACGCCAGCCUGAAAAACAAGAUCGCGGAGAUUGACUGGGAGGGCCGCUUUUACAACACUGGCCUUCCACCAAAGCCCGAGUUUGACACAUCGCUUGUUGAUGAGUGCUACAAGCUGGCAGAAAAGUGGAAGCAGAAGGAUUUCCAGCCCAGCCCGUCGGACAUCGAGGGAUGGACUGGUAACCAAAUUCUCGUUCUGUUGAACGAGGUUCAAGACUUUGAAGAGCCUUUGUCUGUCGAGCAGUCGCAAUCCCUCGGCGAGACUUAUGGCCUGACAGACUCCAAGAAUGCUGAGCUGAAGUCGGCCUAUUACCACAUCGCCAUGAAGGCCCAGGAUACCAGCUCUUAUCAGGGUGUGGCUGACCUUCUUGGGGAGGUAGGGCGCAUGAAGUUUGUUCGCCCUCUGUACCGGAGCUUGAACAAGGUGGCUCGCGACCUUGCGCUGGAGACGUUUGAGAAGCACAAGGACUUUUAUCAUCCCAUUUGCCGGCAGCUGGUUGAGAAGGACCUUGGAGUGGCUAGUAACAGUGCUUAA